AUGGUAUCGGAUGUUGCAAUAUUCGGAGCAGCUUGCUCACCAGCACAUUCCCAGUUUAUUAAGGACCUGAACGCGACAGAGCAUGAGGCGGAGCUUCCACGAGGUGCGGCUGCAGUAAAGCAAAGGCAUUACGUGGACGAUUACGUAGAUAGCUUUGACACGGCAGAAGAAGCAGUAGAAGUGGCGAAGGAGGUGAUUGAGGUGCACAGACGGGCAGGAUUCCAUAUCCGCAAUUGGAUGUCGAUCGAGAAGAGCGUACUAGAAAAAUUGGGAGAAGUGAACCAGCAACUGCCGAAAGCCAUGUUUCCGGAAAAGGCGAUUGAAUUCGAGCGAGUGUUGAGAAUGGCGUGGGAUCAAGGAGAGGACGUUUUCGCAUUCACUUUGCAAUUCUGCGAAAAGGUUCAUACUCUGUUAGACGGAACUACGAUCCCUACGAAAAGAGAAAUGCUGCGACUGGUUAUGAGCAUUUAUGAUCCUCUGGGACUAGUAGCGUCUUUCGUCGUCCACGGGAAAAUUCUCAUUCAAGAAGUUUGGCGCACACACACUGAUUGGGAUAGCAACGUUCCAGUAGAGAUUGCCUCCCGUUGGAUGGAGUGGUUGGUGGUUCUCAAGAAAAUGGUCGAAUUGCGUAUCCCUAGAUGCUACUUUCCGGGAUAUGAUCCUGUAAGCUUCAAUAACCUGGAAUUGCACGUGUUUGUUGACGCAAGCGCUCAAGCCUUUGCAGCGGUAGCGUAUUUCCGCAUCGUAGACCAAGAACGGAUCAGAGUUGCGCUUGUUUCAUCGAAAACGAAAGUGGCACCACUUCGAAGGCUUUCGAUACCACGAUUGGAGCUAAUGGCAGCGUUGCUAGGAGCUCGUUUGCGGAAAACUAUCCAAGAUAACCCGAUAAAGAUUCGGAAAUCAUGUUUCUGGAGUAACUCAUCGUCCGUUUGCUCGUGGAUUAAAUCCGACACCCGUCGGUAUCGCCAAUUCGUCGCAUUCAGAGUCAAUGAAAUAUUAAAUCUCUCGAGCAUCGAUGAAUGGCAGUGGAUGUCAACAAAAGUAAACGUAGCUGACGAAGCCACGAAGUGGGGUAAAGGCCCUUCGUGUAACAUAGACAGCCGUUGGUUCCAGGGACCCGAAUUCCUGUACAACAGCGACACUAGCUACUUGAUGGUUCCAGAAGAAGGUACAGACGAAAGUGAUAAAGAAUUGCGGGAAGCAUAUGUAUGCAAUCAUCUGGCGAGGCAGGCAGUGAUAGACGUUAAUAGGUUUUCUCGAUUCGAACGAUUAUUGCGUUCAGUUACAUACGUUCACCAUUGGGCAGAUACCGUGCGGGUUUGA